UUGGUGGCAGGUGCGAGUGCUCACCACUGAAUUAACAACGCUGCGGACUGAGUUCGCGUCAGGCGCGUCGCUGGUUUUGUACUGCGAUGUAUGAGACGUAAUGGGACUGAAGAGGACGUAUGGAUAUGGAGAACACAAGCUCGACCAUGAAAGGGAUACUGACCAUACUCGUUUGCAUUUUUGCUCUAAUCCAAAGUGGGGACUGUGCAGACUCAGAGGAGCGCUUAAUGAAUUGGCUUCUUGGUAAGGAGCGCUAUAAUAAGCUUAUCAGGCCGGCUUUGAACAGGACAGAGAGAGUGACAGUUCUCCUACAGGUUUCUCUGGCCCAGCUAAUCAGUGUGAAUGAAAGAGAACAGAUCAUGACGACAAACGUCUGGCUCACUCAGAACUGGAAUGAUUAUCGACUAUCGUGGGAUCCAGCCGAGUAUGAGGGGAUUGACAAACUCCGAAUCCCCUCCAGACACAUUUGGCUGCCUGAUAUUGUGCUGUACAACAACGCUGAUGGUACAUAUGAGGUAACAGUCUUCACCAAUGCCAUCGUUCUCUUUAAUGGAAGUAUUGCCUGGCUCCCUCCUGCCAUAUAUAAGAGUGCCUGUAAGAUUGAGGUCAAACACUUCCCCUUUGACCAACAGAACUGCACACUUAAAUUUCGUUCCUGGACGUACGAUCACACUGAGAUUGACCUUGUGUUAAAAUCGGAGGUGGCCAGCAUGGAUGACUUCACUCCCAGUGGUGAAUGGGACAUCUUAGCUCUUCCAGGGAGGAGGACGGUCAACCGUCUUGACCCUACUUAUAUUGACUUGACGUAUGACUUUAUAAUCAAACGCAAACCGCUCUUCUACACCAUAAAUCUCAUCAUCCCCUGCGUGCUCAUCACUUCACUGGCCAUCCUGGUCUUCUACCUGCCUUCAGACUGUGGCGAGAAGAUGACUCUAUGUAUUUCUGUUCUGCUCGCACUCACUGUCUUCCUCCUUCUGAUUUCUAAGAUUGUGCCACCUACUUCCUUGGAUGUACCCCUGAUUGGAAAGUACCUGAUGUUUACCAUGGUGUUGGUAACAUUUUCCAUCAUCACAAGUGUGUGUGUGCUCAACGUGCACCAUCGCUCUCCCAGUACACACACCAUGCCGGCUUGGGUGAAACUGGUCUUCCUGGUCAAACUUCCAGCAUUGCUUUUCAUGCAGAGGCCUCAAGGGAACUCGGCUCGACAACGACUGCUACAGAAAAGGCGUUCGCAUGACCCCAGGUCACUGUUGGGCAUCGGUUAUGCAGCUCCUCGCAAAUCCACAAUAUCCAACUCUGCCUCUGUACUGCUGGCUGCAUCGUCAGCUUCUGCUCUCUCUUCACCAGGACACUUCUACAACAGGGGAGCACCUUUCAACUUCAGCUAUGGCUCUCGGAAAGGAGAUAUCCGGCCCACAGAAUUCCUGCCCAAUGGCCACAACUCUACUCAGGACCUGAGGGGGUGCAGGGGGGCCUUGGACUGGGGUGCUGAUAUUCAGGAGGCUGUGGAUGGGGUUCGCUAUGUAGCUGAUCACAUGAUGGAGAAUGACGAUGACCAAAGUGUCAUUGAAGACUGGAAGUAUGUUGCCAUGGUGGUGGACCGACUGUUUCUGUGGAUCUUUGUGAUUGUGUGUGUGGUGGGCACCCUGGGACUUUUCCUCCAGCCCCUUUUCCAGAACCAGAUUGUUCCUGUCCAACAGCCCAGCACAGAGCCACCGAGACAGGAUGGAAUGUGAGGCUAUGAAGGUCUACCCUCGAGUCAGAGCCACCAAUACCAGCUUCAAAUGACUGAACUGCUACUUUAUAUAAUCCAACUCAAAGACACCAUGCUCCAACUGAUUAUCUGAGCAUGCAACACCACUGUAAUGUGAUACUGUAAAACCAGCUGUAAACUGUGAUACAAGCUGAUACAGAUAGAUACAUAGUCACUGAAACAAAAUUGUAAUAUAUCAUAGCAAUCCAGAGGUAAUAUAGAGCUUUUUCCACAGAUUAGAAAUAAGUUGACCCAGAAAAUGACAAGCAAACUUGAGAACUUUUUAAACUUUAAUCUUGAUAGGUAAACGAUUGAAUUUUAAAGUAUAUGUGGUAUAUAAUUUGCUCUGCAGUUAUUCAUGUCCGUUUUAGAAAGUCUUAAUCUUGCAAACACAUAACUGUCUCUUGACUGAAAGUUUCUUAUACUUGCCCGGAUAUGUUAUUUCAGUUUGUUUGAGAGGAAGGGUGGCCUUUUUUUAAAGCUCUUUUUCAUCAGUCUUCUGUUAAAUGCCACAUGUUAGAUGUUUGUAAACAAGUGUUUGUCAGCUGUUCCUAAUAAUCAUUUUUAAUCCUCCGCAUAUCUUAGUGCCAACUCUACAUUCACAGAAUCACAGCUGACCUGAAAUGGACUCAUGGGAACACAUAAUGUGACACAGCAAAAUUAUUUUAUGUGGUGUGCCACCUGCUGGUUAUAGAAUGCUAUUAAUAUUUCUCUCUCUCUCUCGCUCUCUCUCUCACAUAGAGAAUCCAGCAAUUGCUAAAUCUGAAAGUUUAUACGUGAAAGAUCUAAUCCAGAAUACAACGAUCACUCUUAUUCAUAGUGCAGUGUGUCAUGGUUUUAGUUUACCCAUUUCCACAGUGCCGACUGUAGUGAAAGUUGUUACAUCCCAGCAGAAUAACUUUUUUUUUUUCUUAAUUUGCAUUUAUUCAUUUCUUGAAGAACAUAUAAAAUUAUACUUUUGAAAAGCUUUGAAUAACCGAUUAAAUUAUGUGAAUUACAGGAUGCUUUUAGAUCAUGUGAACGCAUCAGUGCAGCCCUUAGCUAUGUUUAGUUACUCAAGGUAAACAGCUUUUAGACAAAUAUAAUCAAAUAUUUGGACCUUGCUCUGAGGUACCAACUCUCCAC